CAAAACAGCUGGGUUACUGGUUGGAGCUGCAGUCGACUGUAGGCAGCAUGGCGGCUCGCGAUAUCAGUAAAUCAUCUACUCGAGUAAUCUCGGGACAUCAACUCUGACUGUCUCACAUCGACCCUGCGUCCUUAUCAUCCUCUAUAGAUCUAGGGCUCUCGAUCAACAAUCAAAAAAGCAUGCGAGAACUUAUUGGAGCUCCAGGAAAUGAUCCAAAAACCCCAACCCCUGAGAACCCUACUAUGUUUCAAGGGUUUGAAUGGCAUACCCCUGCUGAUCAGCACCAUUGGGACCGCCUAGCAGGUGCGGUGCCUAAGUUGAAGGAGAUUGGUAUCACUGCCUUGUGGAUCCCGCCAGCCUGCAAGGCAGGAAAUCCAUCAAGCAACGGUUACGAUAUUUACGAUUUAUACGACCUUGGGGAAUUCGACCAUAAAUGGUCAAGGCCCACCAAAUGGGGGCACAAGGAAUCCCUUAUCCGCCUGCGAGACACGGCCAAACAUCAUGGCAUCGGGUUGAUUUUCGAUGCUGUUUUGAACCACAAAGCAAAUGCGGACUACACUGAACGGUGCCGAGUCGUUGAAGUAAACCCGGAAGAUCGUAACGAGGUGAUUUCUGAACCAUACGAAAUCGAUGGAUGGUUAUACUUCGAUUUCGCCACUCGAGGAGAUAGGUACAGCCAGAUGAAAUACCAUUGGUACCAUUUCUCGGGGACAGACUAUAAUCAAGAGAAUCAGAAGACAGCAAUAUAUAAAAUCAUAGGUGAUAAUGAGGAGAAAGAAUGGUGUCAGUAUGUGGAUACGUCCGAACUCGGCAACUACGACUACCUGAUGUUUGCCAAUCUUGAUUAUUCUAACCCUGAUGUUUGUAACGAUGUAAAGAACUGGGGCGUUUGGGUUACUCAAGAACUUGGGCUCAAGGGAUUCCGGUUCGACGCCGUAAGACACUUUUCUUUAGAGUUCCUUAAGGAAUUUAUUGACCACCUAGACAAAACCCUCGGCGAGGACUGGUUCUUUGUGGGCGAAUACUGGAAAGGAUAUGUUGAGCCUCUUGAAAAAUUCCUUGAUGAAAUGGACCACAGAUUUUCGCUAUUCGACUUCCCCCUAUUAGAGAACAUUUUCAUGAUAUCCAACCUCCCAUAUGCAGACCUUAGGACGAUCUUCGACGGUGCAUUGGUGGAGAGGCGACCACUUAAUGCUGUGACGUUCGUCACGAGUCACGAUACACAGUCAGGCCAAGAUCUCGAAAGGAUAAUUCCAGACUACUUCAAACCACUCGCCUACGCUCUAAUUCUUCUGAGAGCUGAAGGGUACCCAUGCGUGUUUUUCGGAGAUAUAUACGGCAUCAAGGGGAAUGACCCGUCUCCGCCUGCCUGUUCAGGAGCCCUCCCAAGCCUUGUGCUGGCAAGGAAAUUGUACGCGUACGGAGAUCAGAAUGACUUCUUUGAUGAUCCCAAUUGCAUCGGGUGGGUAAGAAGAGGCACACAUGACAGAAAAGAUGGAUGCGCAGUGCUCAUGAGCAAUUUUGGAGACGGGGAAAAGAGGAUUGAUGGGGACGUCAAAAUUGGGGACGACGGUUGGGCAAAAUUCCGAUGCUAUGCUAUGAGUGUCAGCGUUUGGGUCAACAAGGCCGCAGAAGGAAGAGACAGAUUCGGGGAUUUGUAA